GCAGUGGUGCUUCGUACUGGGCUAGGACUGCCAAGAUCGAUGCAACAAAUGAGGCUGGAGAAGAGACACCCUUUUUCAUAAAGGUGCACCAAUUCGAACACGGGAAGAAUAUGGUAUCGUCAGAAUUCAACUCGAUGAAGACCCUUCAGUGUCAUGCCCGAGAUGGUGGCAGAGCCAAUCGCAUGGGGUAUCUACCAAGAGGAGCCCAAUACCUACUUCUUUUUGUGCCGCUUCUACGAGAUGUCCGAGGGCAUUCCAGACGUAUCCGACUUCCCGGCCCUCGUGGCAGAAAUGCAUAAGAGGGGCGCGGCGACGUCGGGCAGAUUUGGCUUCCCACACAUCACCUACAGCGGUCGAAAUCCGCAGUAUUUCCCUCUUAGCAAGACAUGGGAGAAAUGCUUCUCGAAAGGCUUAAGCGGGUUAUUUGAUAUCGAGGAAGAGACACACGGUCCUGAAGAGGAAAUGAGGGCGCUUCGGGAGGGCCUCAUGACCAAAGUCAUCCCGUGCUUACUACGCCCUAUGGAAUCAGAAGGCAGGAAUUUGACCCCAAGGCUCGUACACGGAGAUCUCUGGGAUGGGAACGCUUCUGUUGACGUAACUACCGGCUGUCCCAUGAUAUUCGACGGCGUGCUCCUCUACGCCCAUAAUGAAUACGAUCUAGCGCCCUGGUGGGCACCGCGGCACAAAAUGACAGACAAGUAUAUCGCCGAAUACUUGAAACACUUCCCCGUGACGGAGCCUGCCGAGGAUUUCAGAGAUAGGGGUAUUUUAUAUCGCUUGAGAUUUGAUCUCCACGCAUCGUCCCUCUACCCGGAGACUCUUAGGCGAAGGGGUUUGUAAGUCUGAUGUCACCCCCGGCGUCAUUAAUUGUGCCUGUC